AUGGUACAGACGAGGUCGAGUGCAAAAAAGGUCUCUGUGGAGCCGGAGGAUUCCAAGUCGGUCUCGUUCCAAGAGGAACCUGAGGUGACUGAAGACGAGCUCAAAGAGAAGCUUCAGGAGAUUGCUGCAGAGGAUUCAGCUUUUGAAAAGCCUGAGCUUCCAUCUUCUGAUGAUAUUGCUGGUGUCUGGUAUAGGAUAGAGGCUAUCCUCGCGCCUGUCGUGUUUACUCUCCUAUCCGUGUUCACCAGAGUGUACAGGAUCGGUGUUAAUAACCACGUUGUGUGGGACGAAGCCCAUUUCGGCAAAUUUGGUUCGUAUUACUUGAGGCAUGAGUUCUAUCACGAUGUCCAUCCUCCUCUUGGAAAAAUGUUGGUUGGUUUUUCAGGAUACCUAGCCAACUACAAUGGUUCAUGGGACUUUCCAUCUGGACAAGAGUACCCAGAAUAUGUUGAUUAUGUCAAAAUGAGGCUCUUCAACGCAGCGUUCAGCGCGUUGUGUGUUCCCUUUGCAUACUUCACAAUGAAGGAGAUUGGUUUCAACAGAAAGACCACCUGGCUGUUCACGCUAAUGGUGCUGUUUGAAACGUCGUACUGUACUCUAGGCAAAUUCAUCCUUCUGGACUCGAUGCUGCUUCUGUUCACGGUUACGACGGUGUUUGCCUUUGCGCGGUUCCAUAAUGAGAACUCAGUGCCUGGAAACGAGUUUUCUCGCAAGUGGUGGAAAUGGCUAUUGCUUACUGGUAUCAGUAUUGGAUGUGUCUGUUCGGUCAAGAUGGUGGGUUUGCUGGUGACAACUCUAGUUGGAAUCUACACUGUUGUGGAUCUCUGGAACAAGUUUGGUGACAAGAACCUCUCUUAUAAAAGAUAUGCUUCCCACUGGGCUGCACGUUUCUUUGGCCUUAUCGUUAUCCCAAUGGGAAUCUUCUUGUUGUGUUUCAAGAUCCAUUUUGAUCUGCUUACCGGUUCUGGCCCUGGUGACGCAAACAUGUCAUCUCUGUUCCAGGCCAAUCUGAUUGGUUCCAAUGUUGGUGGUGGUCCCCGUGAGGUGAUGACUUCUGGUUCUCUAGUCACUUUGAAAAACCAAGGCUUGGGAAGUGGUCUGUUGCAUUCGCACGUCCAGACCUAUCCUGCUGGCUCCAACCAACAACAGGUCACCACCUACUCUCACAAAGAUUCCAACAACGACUGGAAAUUCGAACUUGCCAGAGGUGAUCCCCGUCUAAGCUUCCAUGAGCCCCACCCGGUCGUGCACGGAAUGUCUGUUAGACUUGUUCACCAAAUGACUAGUAGAAAUUUGCACACUCACGAAAUUCCCGCACCAGUUCUGUCUUCGGCCUGGGAAGUGAGUGGCUACGGAAACGACACUAUAGGUGACCACAAGGACAAUUGGGUGGUUGAUAUCGUUGACCAAUACGGAUCAGAGGACAAAUUGCGUCUGCACCCAUUGACCUCGUCUUUCCGUCUUUACUCUCCAGCGAUGAACUGUUACCUCGGCACUUCUGGAAACUCUCUUCCACAAUGGGGUUUCCGCCAGGGUGAAAUAGUUUGCCACAAGAACCCUUUCAAGCGUGACAAAAGAACCUGGUGGAAUAUCGAGAAUCACGUCAACGAGGACUUGCCUCUUCCUCCUGAUGACUUCAAGCUUCCAAAAACCCACUUCUUGAAGGACUUCGUCCAACUGAAUUUGGCGAUGGCUGCCACCAACAAUGCUCUUGUUCCAGAUCCUGAGAAGCACGACGAACUAGCCUCUUCUGCUUGGCAAUGGCCAACUCUCAAUGUGGGUAUCAGACUCUGUGGUUGGGGUGACGAGGCAGUCAAAUACUACUUGAUUGGUUCUCCCGCGACCACGUGGACAUCCUCAGUUACUCUAGUGAUCUUUUCUCUACUGGUCUUAUACCAUUUGAUCAGAUGGCAGAGACAAAUCGACGACUUUGGUGUGUUAAAGUCCCCUGAAGAGAAGACAGUUUUCGACAAGUCAAGUGACCUGAACUUGUUCGUUAUGGGUGGAAUAUAUCCAAUGUUUGGCUGGGGUCUUCACUUUUUGCCAUUCGUCAUCAUGUCGAGAGUCACUUAUGUGCACCACUACCUACCCGCACUUUACUUUGCGAUGAUGGUGUUCUGCUACGUUGUCCAGGUUCUCACGCAACGUAUCAAAUACGUUGGUAUCCAGAACUUGAUCUACACUGUGCUUUACAUUCUUGUGGUUGGCUUCUUUGUCUUUUUGAGCCCAAUCGUGUUUGGAAUGGACAAACCAAGCGACGACUACAAAUAUCUGAACCUGCUCAGCAGCUGGAGAAUUAUCAAUCCUCAACAGUGA